ACGACAGAUGACUUGAUGCAUAUGCAAGAGGACGGCCCUGCGCGCAAACGACGCAAGGAAGAGCUCGUGCCGGAAGACGAUGGAGACUCGGACUCAGACUUGGAGCUUCCCCCUCGCGGCACGACUAGACGAGACUACGAAAAGGGGAGCGAAGAGGAAAACGGGGAAGAGUCCGGAAGCGAGAACGACAGCUCCGAAGAUGAGGAUGAGGAGCGCGAAAAGGACGAAGGCUCAGAGUCGGGCUCAGCAGACCACACUCGGCCACUAAUACCGAGUUUUUCUGACGAAGAUGACGUCUAUUCUUCACGGAUGUCGAUCACCCCUCGAACCUCGCUUGCCAUCCCUCGAAAACUGCUGACCGCCCCAGUCAAACACCCGGCCUCCUUCGCUGCUAUGGGCAUCUCCUCCCCAUUGCUUGCAGCAUUGAACAAGAUGUCCAUCAGGGCACCUACAGAAAUUCAGGCUGCAUGUAUACCACCGCUACUCCAAGGGAUUGCAUAGGCAAUGCCAAGACCGGCUCAGGAAAAACUAUUGCUUUCGCACUUCCUAUAAUUCAUAGGCUGUCCGUCGAUCCCUAUGGUAUUUUUGCCUUGAUUUUAACGCCUACUCGAGAGCUAGCGUUCCAGAUAUCUGAGCAAUUCGCAGUCCUCGGAGCGGCAUUUAACAUCCGGACUGCAGUCGUCGUCGGCGGCAUGGACAUCAUAUCACAAGCCAUCGAGCUGAGCAACCGUCCCCACAUUGUAGUUGCGACGCCAGGGCGCAUUGUCGAUCUCCUUCGCAGUAACAACGGGGAAUGGGACCUAUCCCGCGUCAAAUUUCUUGUCCUCGAUGAAGCCGACCGGCUCCUGACCUCGACCUUCGCACCGGAACUGUCAUACUUAUUCGAGGCCAUCCCGAAGGAGCGGCAGACGUGUCUGUUCACUGCUACAUGGACGCCAUCCAUCGAGACUAUUGCGGACGCGCCACCGAAGCCCGGCAAGCAGAAGCCUUUCGUCCACCGGAUGACUGAGACCGUCGAGACCGUAGCGACACUAAAGCAGUUCUACAUUCUCGUGCCAUCACACGUCCGCGAAUCCUACCUCUACUACCUCCUCCGCAACCCACCAGAGUCGACACACCACCUCCGACGCGCUCCUCCUGAACCCGUAAAAGGUAAGAAGGCGGGAAAGGCGGGCAAGCCCGCCAAGCCCACGAAGAAGACGAAGAAGGCCUCCGCCGCCGACGAAGAGGAGGUCGUGCAGCCGCCGCCAACGGUGAUUUUCUGCGCGCGCCCGCGCACGGCGGCGUACCUGACGCACCUGCUGCAGCACAUGCGGAUCCGGAGUACGGCGCUGCACUCGCGGCUCACGCAGCGCGAGCGGCUCGCGUCGCUGGGCCUCUUCCGCGCGAGCGUCGUGCCCGUGCUCGUCUGCACGGACGUCGGCGCGCGCGGGCUCGACAUAGCGGACGUCGCGCUCGUCGUUAACUGGGACCUCCCUGGUGCGCCCGAGGAGUACACGCACCGCGUUGGACGCACGGCGCGUGCGGGCAGGGGCGGUGUCGCCGUGAGCUUCGUCACGGAGAGGGACGAGGAGAGGGUGUUGAAGAUCGAAGAUCGCAUUAAAACGAAGCUCGGAGAGAUGCAGAUGCCCGAGGAGAAGGUCCUCGAGCAUCUCAACGCGGUUUCGACAGCAAAGCGUCUCGCCAACAUGGAGCUCCACGACUCUGACUUUGGGAAGCGGGAAGAGAUCCACAAGAUCAAAAGCGCAAAGAGGAAAAUGGACGUGGCAGGCUCAUAGC